UUUUUUUUAGGGGGGGGGGGGGACCUACCUCAAUUCUUCUAUGUUAUGUUAUAUUAUAGGGAUUAACGUGCACAUUAAGAGCAAGCUGUUUUAGUGCACGCCUGUCAUGUGCACAGGUGCCGGACUCGGCCGGCUCGUCCGUCCAGGACAGGAAAAGGUUGGGGUGGAUGGGAGAAGGGACCGCCUGCACUGGCAGGUGCAAGAGAGCACCAGCACCCCGACCGGGGUCUGUAGCAAGCGGAGCCAUUCUUCUAGUUUAAAGACCACAAUUAUACUAUUUUGUCCUGUUACCACCUUUUAGUUGUAAUUCCUAAUAUCAAAAGAAAGAAGUUGCGUCAGUAAAGUCACGGUUCAUAUGAUAUAUGUCUGAAUGACAUAACAGAUGUUGCACUGUUGCCCAUAUUUCAGAGAAACCGUUGACAAUGAAUGUCAGAUGACCACUCUGCUUGAUUGAUUUAAGCUUUGUCCAAUAAUAGAAAACUGGCCAGGGUGACAUUGUCUCUCUGAGUAUAAAUAAGCAUGGUAAAAAUAAGAGAUGGUAACACUCGCAAGACUGCUAACAUUCUACACCAUGAAGUUCGUCCUCGCCGUAGCCGUUGUGUGUAGCGUCCUGGCCAUGUCGUUGGCUGGUAUUGGUUAUGGAAAAGGUGCAUUGGGGAAAACGUCCUGUAUUCUGUGUAAGUCACCGGUAUGGGCGAGGCCAUACUGUCCAUGCGGUAACGUGCUGGACAACUGGGGAUGCCCUACACUGUGUUGCAGAAGUUGUAAAAAGUCUUACAUGUGUCCCAGACUACCGUGUCCAUUGUGUCCCCUCGGCCGCUGUCACAACCCCUAUAAUGGCUGCCCCACCUGUGCGUGCAGGAGGAAGUACCCAGCCGGUGGGCGGGUCUAUGGAUGAGCACGUGCUUCAAAACAAAUUUGUCUCCAGAACGUACACCUUGGUUCCUUCCAGUGACCAGGUGUGCGCGAGUGUUC